AUGUCGGCUCCUCCUCCUCCAGCAAGUGCCCUGAUCACCGCCGCACAACAUACAUAUGCCGCAGAGCUGUUCCAGCUCGCGAGCUUUGCGUUUCUUGUUUGGGAUCAUCCGCAUUCAAUGUCCUUUUCCCAGGUCGAACGUAUAUGGCAGCGACCCUUUACUGGGGCCACGUUUCUGUUCUUGCUCAAUCGGUACGGUACCGUAUUGGAGAUCAGUGUUGUGAUCGCUGCGUUUCACUCUGAGUGGACUGUCAAUGUACGUUUAGCAUGUUAUAUUGUACAAAGCGUCUACUCACACAACAUUUGUUUCAGGCGCGUACCUCUUCCUCCCGGUUUCAAAGGUUGCAUAUUGACGGGAAAGGACAACAAGUUCUCCCUAUUUUGGGUUGCGCCCUUCGUCACCGACAUCACCGUGUUCAUCCUGACAAUGUGGCAAACACGGUUAUACAGCAGCGGAACCCGUCAGAUGCCUCUGAUGAGGCAAUUCAUACGGGACGGAAUGGUAUAUUUUCUCGUGAUCGUGGCGGCAAAUCUGAUGAAUGUGAUCGUUUACUUCACCGCUGUCACGGACUUGAAGGCAAUGUGCGCAACCUUCGCCCAGUUGCUCACGUCUGUAAUGAUCUCCCGGCUCGUCUUGAAUCUCCGUGGUAUGCGACAAAAUCUCAAUAUAGAUACUGCUCAAGAACUCGGACAUGCUAGGGGACUCAGCAGAAUCAGCGCCUACGAAACGUCGCGGGCGAAGUUAUACACUGCAAACGAUACUAUCAUGAACUCGUGGGUCGCCACAAAGAUGAUAGGCAAC